AUUUCUGGUUGUGAUUUGUUCGUUGAUCUUAACAAAUAUUUUUCAAAUCUCGAUAUAAAACCUGAAACCCGAAUCUUCCGAAUUUAUGCUGACGUAAUUCAACUAUCAAAUAUUCUAGAAAUUCCACUUUUAAAUGACGGUGGUGCUAUUUUGAUAGUAGCAAGGCGAAUUGAAAUUGAACCGAAAUGCAAGAUAAUUGUUAAUUACAAAAAAUCUUUCCGAAUAGUAAUUUACUCCAUAGAGAUGACAUCUGAACUUGAAAUUAUCGCAAAUAAUGAUUCAUAUAAAUUCGAAAUCAAAGAUUCCAAAAAUGUUGGCAAACUACUUACUAUAUGCAAUGGAAAAA